CUUGUAUAUUAUAAUUGAUUGUAUCAUUUUUGUUUUUGAAAUGAAGGCGCUUGUCGUAGUUGUGAAUGUUAAAGUGACACAAAAACGAAUUUACUUGUGCACAUAGAUAUGAUCAAAAUUUUUUUUGAUUGUAGACAUCUUUUCUCGAUAGAACAUGAAACGAGCUUGUGUUGAGGUAUCAAGUGGGACAGCAUGUUUCAAUCGAUACGGCCAAUUGUUGGUUGAUGAAAUGAAAAAACACAAAAUAUACCCUGAUGCAAAAGAUGCUAAUAAUUGUUUGAAGCUAGUGUUGAAUGGUAACCUGAAAAGUUUGAGUUUUGCCUUGGAAGUUCUGACAUGUUUCAUUGAUGAUUCAUAUUUGGCAAAGACAACUGAUCCUUCAGCAAUUUCAAAGACUCUUAUGAUAUCAAAAGUGAUUUUUGUAUUGGUCUUAGGCGCUCUAUGCUGUGCAAUUGCUGUCAGAAGAAGAAAACAGGCAACUUUAUCCCAUUUUCAACUGAAUCAUGAUCAAAAAGUUGAAACCCUGAAUCAAAAAGAGUCAAAAUCAUAUACCACCUCUUUUGUUGAAGAAACAACUCCAGAAAUAGAAUCACUACUGAAGAUCCAAAAAUAUUCCCAAGCAGAGAUAUCAAUAGAGGAAGAAAAGGAGAAUGAUAAAAGGCUCUUGAUCACUUCUAAUAAUCAAGUCUUUGAUCUAAGCACAGAACUAGGCAAAUCAAAAUGGAGAGAAAGUGUGAAAAGUCAGCUUCAUAAAGAGGUGACCAAGAAGGACACAAGAAUUGAAACAACUUCGUACAAACAACAUCUGUUUGAUGGGAAUAGUGUACUCUCACCAAGGCCAAAAGCAACCACCAACGCAUCUCAAUUGGGAUUGGAGACAAAUACAAUGGAUAAUUUGUACCACAAAAGAGCAAGAGACGACAUCAAUAUCCAUGAUCCAACCAAGCCAGUUCCAUCAAUUUUAAACCAUCCAGUUGUUGAUGUGAGAGGCAAACCUUUGCGUCGUAUCUUCAUCCCAGGACGUGGCUGGGUUUCGUCCAAGACAUUAGCCCUUGAAAAAACCAGAAGCAAGAGAACGGAUUGA